AUGCCUAAGUCAAAGGAACUUGUGUCUUCAAGCUCAUCUGCCAGUGAUUCAGAUAGUGAACUUGACAAAAAGGCAAAGCGGAAAAAGCAAGCGGCUCCAGAAAAGCCUGUAAAGAAACAGAAGACUGGCGAAAGUUCAAAAGGUGCAGCUUCUUCUAAGCAAAGCAGUAACAGAGAUGAGAAUAUGUUUCAGAUUGGCAAAAUGAGAUAUGUCAGUGUUCGUGACUUUAAAGGGAAAAUCUUAAUUGAUAUCAGAGAAUAUUGGAUGGAUCAAGAAGGUGAAAUGAAGCCUGGCAGAAAAGGUAUUUCUUUAAAUCCAGAGCAGUGGAACCAGCUGAAGGAACAGAUUUCUGAUAUUGAUGAUGCAGUAAGAAAACUGUAA